UAAUAAUCAUGGCGGAUCCUGAAAAGGCAAGUGAUAAUGGUGCAUGGCUGGACGAACACUUUCCCUUGCACAAAGCUGUGUUUCAAAAUGACAUUUCUCGAAUUAAUGAAAUCCUAACUACGACUUGUCUUCCUAAAAUCAAUUUGGACCAAAUGGAUACUCACGGCAAUACAGCGCUUCACUUGGCAGCAAUGCUUGGAAAUAUAGAAGCUGCCAAACUACUGUUAGAACAUGGAGCGAAUGUCGGAUUGAAAAAUAACGAUGGCUGGAAGAGUUUACACGAAGCAAUUAGUUAUGGGGAUCGAAAAAUGAUUGGGUUAUUGUUGUCUUCACAUAAGAAGCAGUCUCAUCGUUCAUUGACAUCAAAAUUGCCUGAAAUCCAGAAUCAUCUUGAAUCCUUGAACGAUUUCUAUAUGGAAAUUCGUUGGGAGUUUCAAACUUGGAUUCCUCUUCUUUCGAGAGUGAUGCCUUCUGAUACAUUUAAAGUCUACAAACGAGGUUCUAAGCUCCGUGUAGAUUUUACUCUAACAGACUUCAAUGAAAGCAUAAUUAGUUGGACCCGAGGUGAUAUGUCUUUGCUUUUUGAUCCAGGUGCACCAAAGAGUUACCAGACUCUUUUGCUCAAUAACAAGGAUGAGGUAUAUCAAAGGGUCCGAGAUAAGAAUCGUCACCUCAAUGAUGAAAUUGAUCUCCUAAUGGGCUGUGAUAUCAUAAGUAGUCACAUAAGUACUCGGCCUAUUCGUUUUGUUCGUGCAAAAGGCUGGUUCAUGAACGACAAAUCGUAUAAUAUUGGAGAAUACAAAGCUGAUCUGUUCAACAUUAAGGAAUUGUGUCUUAUUACUCGGAAGAGGUUUAUUCUAAUUAAUAAUUUUUUAUUUUAUUUUAGGCGGGAGCAUCUUUCUCAAGAAGAUCUACGCAAGAACCGAGAGUUGAAUAAGGCUUUCUCUAGUGGCAAACUUCCUCCUGAUGAUGGUAGCAGUGAUGAUGAUGAUAAAGACCGUCACCGUGCAAGUUUGUCCCCUCCCCCAAAACCAGAGUUUACUUGGGCCGAAUAUCUCCGUUUGCCUGAUGGGCCGGACUCGCAUUUGGGAAGGCCGAAGGAAGAGAAGACUACAAAUACUGAAAUCAAAGGAAUGCUGGCGUUGUGUCAGGACUUUCCACUCACAACCGAUCAACUGUUGGACAUUCUUGAAGUUCUAGAGCCUGUGAAAACAACAGUGAAAAAAUUCCGUGCCUUUUGCAGUUCUGGACGGUUGCCACCAGGCUUUCCUAUUCAAUUAGAGAUUCCCAUCUUUGCCACACUGACAAUGAAGAUUACAGUUCAGCUCUUUCGUUGGCAACAAUCUAAUGAUGAUGCAGCAUUUCCAGAUGAAAUGUUCAAAGUGCCUAGUCAUUUUCGUGAGGAUCCAGACCAUUUUGACAAAAUCUAA